AGGAAGCGGGUGGGGAGUGGGAUCGGUGGGGAUGCCUGGGGCGGGGCCGGAACCGGAAAUAAGUCGCGGGGUCAGAGGUUAAGGGUCAGGAGUCGUGUAGUUCAGGCGGGAGAUUCAGCCCCACGAGCUGACCUCACAGGACGGUACCAGAUGGCUCCGGUGAAGAUCAGCCACAUCGUGUCCUUCUCCUCCCAGGACCCCCGGUACCCAGUGGAGAACCUCCUGUCCCCCGAUGGCCACCGGCCCUGGCUCAGCUGCCCCCAGGAGCGCAGCCGGCAGCUGAGGGUGGAGCUGCAGCUGGAGAGAGCCGUCCCCAUCGGCUACAUCGACGUCGGGAACUGGGGCUGCGCCUUCCUGCAGAUCGAGGUGGGUCGCUCCUCUUGGCCUCUUGACCGCCCCUACGUCACCCUGGUGCCCAGCGUCACGCUGAUGACACCGGCCGACUCCAAGCUGGACCGCAACCGCUGCGGCGUCCGCAUGUUUAAAGAAGCAGAUUUCCUGGAGCUGGCAGCGGGACAGAAGUGGGACCGCCUGCGGCUCACCUGCAGCCAACCCUUCUGUCACCACGGGCAGUUCGGGCUCUGCUUCAUCCGCGUGCGCACACCGCUGGACCCCGAGCUGUGCCACCCUGCAGCGGAGGACGCUGAGCUCACGGGCAGCUCCCAGCACUCCAGCCCUGCCUCCUUAUGCCGGAUUCCAUCUGCAGAAGCGCGCCUGAGCUCACAGGAGGAGGAGCAGCUGAAGAGCAGCCUGCAGCAGCUGGAGCCCAGCGCUGCAUCCCAUGCCUGGAGCCCAGCACAUCUCAGCCGCCCGGCACGCAUGGUGCUGUCAGCAGCACAGAGCCGUGUCGUGAGACCUCCACCCCGAAUUUGUGCCAGCCACCCGGGGAGCAGCACAGAGCAUGGACAGCCUGCAGCACGGGGUGCAGCACUGGAAGUCCCAGCAGCCCCCAAGCACGCCCGCAAGCAGUCAGGCAGCAAGCAGAGAGCUCGCAGAGCUGUGGGCAGGUCCCCUCAGCCUCUCACCAGGAAUCUUGGGCCAGGAAGGAGAGCAAGAACGCAGGGCCACAACACGAGCGGAGGGGAGAGCAGCAGUGGGGAGAUGGCUGUGUGCCCUAUUUGCUCAGGUUCCUUCAGCACAGCGCUGCUCCCCGCUCAUGCCUCCCGCUGUGGCGAGGAAGACUCCGACCCCGAGGUGGAGCUGCUUUCCUCUGCCAGCAGCCCGGUGCUGUGCCCCAUCUGCGGGCUGUACUUCAGCUCAGCAGAGGUGGAGCAGCACUGCAGCACCUGUGGGGAGUGAUGGACCCCCCCAACCCAGCAAUGAUCUGCAGAGAGAGACUCGGCCCCGCUGUGCUAUGGGGCAGGGACUGGGCACGCUCUGGUUUGUGGUGUUCAUUCAUUCUGCCCCACGUGGCACGAGCUCACGACAGGCACAGCAGAGGAGGCAGCAGGGCCCACGGGGCUGAAGGAAGAAGCCACAUUUCACACUGCUGAGCGGUGUGUAUGGGAGCGGCAGCACUGGACCGGCGUGAGCAUCUGACUGCAGGUGGGGGUGGUCACCUCCCUCCCAGUGACACAGUGUGGGGUGUAGGGAAUGUGAGGCUGACGGUGGCCCCGUGUGCCAAGUUUUAGGGCAGGCAGCAGCUCCUGGAGCUGGGAGGUGCUGAGGGAGAGAAAUAAAACAAAGGAGAGAAAAGAGAACUGCUGUGGGUGCUGCAUUGC